GUAUUCUCUGCUUACGUAGCGUGGUCCGUUAACUCUGAGACUCAAUUCUCCAGAACAACAACUCGGACAUGGGAGGAACAGCAUCCACACCCUUUCUUGACAGACCAUGGAGGGAAAUAAAGUGGGGAGACAAAGCCGGUGUCCUGCAGUCUGUGAAGGAUUAUAGACCCCUUAAUGAAGGCCAGAUCAUCAGGAUUCUUCUUUAUGGGCCGUCUGGAGCAGGAAAAUCGAGUUUCACCAACACUGUCCAAAGUGUCUUACGUGGUCGAAUGUACGCACAGGCCUUGACAGACAACACCACUGGUACAACUUUCACCAAAAAGUACAGAACCUACAGGAUUGAAAAACAAGAUGAGUCUUUUUACCCGUUUGUCUUCAAUGACAUCAUGGGCCUGCAGUCAAACCAUGGAGUCCUUGUGGACGAUGUCAAAAAGGUUUUGAAGGGACAUGUGAAGGAUGGUUACAGGUUCAAGCCUGAUGCUGAGAUGGAAGCUGGUGAUCCAUUCUACAUUCAAAAUCCAAUCGAUAAUGACAAAGUGCACGUUCUGGUUUGUGUGUUUGAUGCUGGCAGUGUAUCCAGGAUGGUACCAGAGAUUCGGCAGAAGAUCAAGGACAUCAGAGCAGCAGCGAGUGAGCUGGAGAUUCCUCAAGUUGUUGUUCUAACCAAGAUUGAUCAAGCCUGUCCUGAAAUCAAUAAAGAUUUAAAGUGUGUCUACAAAGACAAAGCCCUGAAGGAGAAGAUUGAGGAGUUCAGUGCAAACACAGGAAUCCCGAAGAACUACAUCUUCCCAGUGAAGAACUACUCUGAGGAAAUUGACCUCAAUGAUGACAUUGACUGUCUGAUCCUGAGCGUGCUGGGAAACUUGAUCAACUUUGGAAGAGACUGCAUCAAGUUUCGUGCAAAUCAGUCCAUCAGUGACGACUGAUAUGAAUUAACAGCAUUUAAAUACUUCAUGUUAUCAGAAAAAUAACUCAACGCUUUAAUCGUUAAGAUUUCUUCUACUGGCUACCAAUAAUUUUCAUUUCUACUUCAACCAGCUUCACUCACCAACUUCCUCUGUUUUUUUUCCAUCAGGUUUGUUCUUUAGCAUAUUUCUCUGAGAAACCUCUGUCAGAUGUAUGUGUUCUUAAACUGCUGAAUUGAUCUUAACUUGAUGAAUACCAUGAGAAAGCCUGAGUCUGUUAUUUUUCCUAAUUAGCAUAAAGAAAGCUUAUGCAUGACUGUAGUGCUGCAGUAAUAGAUUCUUUUUGUAGUCGAGUACUCUAUCAAUUCUUCUGAUGAUUAAUUGAGUACUCUAAUAAGAAAUAUUGCAUUUUUUAAAUCAGUUACUUUGGCUUUUUCAAGAGAAGUAGAACUAGUAGAACUCAACAAAUGAGAAAAGAAGCCUGGUCCCUUAAAUGAACUACUUCUUUGUUAAAAGUUGUUAUGAACAGGUUCUCUAAAGAAAAUAUAUUUUACAAAGUGCAAUGAAGUUCUGAUGACAAUUUACAUUUCUUAAAGUUACAAGGAAAGAAAGUUAAAUAAUUACAUUAGAUUAUGCCAUAUUUGGGUUUUUAGGGAUCCUCUCCCAGGAUUUUUUGGCUGCCAACACUUGUUGAAUCUACUAAAUCCCAAAUUUCUUCAAUAGGAUUCAAAUCCGGACUUUGACUUGGCCAGUCCAUCAGUUCCAGUACUCCAGAUUCCUUUUACCUUGGUCAAAUAGUCUCUA